UAUAAAUAGCACUACCCCUUUGGGCUCCUAGUCUCUCUCUAGCCUUACAUUUUAGAAAGAGAAGUGACGCUUUGCUUGAAUUAGAGAGAGACUUUGAGAUCUGAGUCCCCCAAUUGGGUUAGUUAUAAUUCGGAACUUGAGGGCCUUCGCUUGUCAAAAAAAGGGUCUUCUCUUUCUGCUUCUACUUCUGGAUUGUUCGUUUUUGUAAGGUUCAUCUUUGUCAAGAGCAAUGGGCGUUGAGGUUGUGGCACCUGAGAAGGUUUCUGCCCCCGUUGACGGUGUAAGUGAAGUAGAUAAAUCUGUUCUGCACCAGAAGGAAAAUAGGAAACUGGAUAAGGUAUCAGGGCUUACGGAGCCCAUACAAUUCGGUUCACACGGUGAAGAGCCGGUUAAGGCAGAAGGAAAUGAUGUUACAGAUGACAACUUGCCAAAGGAUGCAGUUGAUGAGUGGCCUGCUCCCAAGCAGGUCCAUUCCUUCUAUUUUGUAACAUACCGACUAUAUGAUGAUCCAAAGAUUAAGGCCAAAAUUGAUCAGGCUGAUAAGGAGAUUCAGAAAAGAAAUCAAUCACGGUUUCAGAUUACAGAAGAAUUAAAAGAUAGAAGGUCAAAACGAGCGGAGUUGAUCAACCAGGUGAGAGCUCUGAAGAAUGAGGGUAGGCAGUAUAAAUCGAUCUUCGAUGAGAAAAAAAAGGAAAUGGAGCCUUUGCAGCAGGCACUGGGCAAGCUGCGUAACACAAAUAAUGCUGGUCGUGUUGGCAUAUGUUCAUCUGAGGAAGAGCUUAAUGAUCUUAUCUACAGCUUGCAAUACCGCAUGCAACACGAGAGCAUCCCAUUGACAGAGGAAAAGCAAAUACUUAGAGAAAUCAAACAGCUUGAAGGGACAAGGGAAAAAGUAAUUGCUAAUGCUGCUAUGAGAACAAAGAUUCAGGAUUCAUUGGGUCAGAAAGAAGCCAUUCAAGAUCAGGUCAAACUUAUGGGUGUUGACUUGGAUGGAGUAAGGAAGGAGAGACAAGCACUUUGGGAAAAACUCGAUGGACUUGAAGCGAAAGUGCAGGCAUUGGACGCUGAAAUUAAAACUUUACAGGAUGAGCUGGAAGCUGUGAUCCAGAAGAGGGCAACAACAUAUGAAACUCUUCAGGAACUUAGGAAACAGCGUGAUGAGGCGAAUGCCAACUUUUACCAAAGCCGUAUGCUCUUGACGAAAGCCAAAGAACUUGCUGCUAAGAAAGAUGUUAAGGCUCUUGAAGAACUUGCACUCGAUGAGGUUGAAAAAUUUAUGUCCCUCUGGUGCCAUAACAAGUCCUUUAGGGAUGAUUAUGAGAAGAGAAUUUUGCAAUCUCUUGACCGGCGGCAAUUGAGUAGGGAUGGGCGAAUCAGGAACCCUGAUGAGAAGCCAUUAGUGAUAUUGGAGACACCAAAGCCUUCUGAACCAGAGCCGGUGGUAAAAGCUAUUCCAAAGAGAGCAAAAGAAGAUCCAAAACCCAUUCCACCGAAAGAUACUUUACCAACCCAAAGGGUGCAGAAAGAAAUCACUAAGACAGAAUUGAAGCCUACUUCAGAGCAAUCUGACAUAGCUGACAAGGAGAUAUCUGGGUUGGAAAAUCUGUCAAAGAAUCCUUCUCCUGCAGAAAAGGAAGUUGAUGAAGCAAAAUUGAAGGAGAUAAAAAGAGAAGAGGAAAUUGCAAAAGCCAAGCAAGCCAUGGAAAGGAAGAAGAAACUGGCUGAGAAAGCUGCUGCAAAAGCAGCUGCAAGAGCUCAAAAGGAUGCUGAGAAAAAGCUCAAGGAGCGUGAAAAGAAAUUGAAGAAGAAGGCUGCGGCAUCUACACCAACUACUGAGCAUGAACAACGUGCUGAAGAAGUUGCAGAGGCAGUAGAACCUGAAAUGGUGGAAGUCAAUGAUGAGGUUCCUGUUUCAGUGAAGGAAAAAGUUAGGAAAGAGAAAACUGUUAGGUCUAGGAAUCGUCCAAGAGGCCCAGAUUCACUUCCCAAAGUCAUCACGAGGAGGAAAAAGUCAACGAACUUUUGGAUGUGGGCUGCUCCUGCUGCUGCUUUUGUAGUUCUUUUGUUUCUAGCACUCGGGUACUAUUAUCUUCUCUGAAGGGGUAAAACUAGAAUUAAGUAGAAGAGUCAUGGACAGUUUUCUGCUUGAUGAGCAUGUGAGUGACCAGUUCUGUUGUAGCAGAAUUAAGUAUUUUAUGUUCUUUCGUCCUGUCGAUGGAUGGACCCCAAACUCAUAAUAUUGUUGGUAGCUCAGUCAGUUCAAAAGGUUUAGACAGGGAGAACUAAAUACAUGUGGCUUGUUUUGUGUUUUCCAAAUUUUGACUCAAUCAUAAACAUUGUUUUGCUUGGGGAUUUCA